AGAUACAUUGAACCUAGACACCCCAGAGUCAGAGUGAUUGUUGUUUAAGAAGAAGAAUCCCGAGGGGAGGAAACAGGAAACAGGAAAUAGGAAACAGGAAAUGGGGUUGCUGAAAUCAGGAAAGAGAGGCGAAGAGCAAGAGGAGCCAGUGGGGAAUCGGAAUCGGAAUGGGAACCGAAACCGAAACGAGGAGCUGGAGAAGGAGCUGCAGCAGAGCCACGAGAGAGAGGAGAUUAUGAGGGAGGAGCUGAAGAGGGCGUGGGAAAGGCUGAGGGUGGCAGAGGAGGCUGAAGAGAGGCUUUCGUCGCAGCUGGGGGAGCUGGAGGCAGAGGCUCUCACACAGGCUCGUGAUUAUCACCAACAAAUCGCAUCAUUGAUGAACCAGCUCUCUCGAGCUCAUCAACUCUUGCAAGCUAAUAACUUGUUUUAAUUCCAAUCCCAAUUCCUUGUGUUGUGAAUCUGUGAUUGAUUAUUAGCCUUACCUAUGCUUCCCUCUUCUCGAUGUAUGGAGCCUUUUUUAUUCCCAGAAAUACUCGAGGAUGAAGGAGAACCUCUGAUUUUGUUUCCUUUCACCAUUUUCUGCCUUUAAAUUUCGAUCACCCUUCUCAACUCCCAACUUUACUAAAUCCAGUUUUAGGAUAAAACUCUAGUUCAUAACAUAGUUUCAUAUCCAAUUUUAUUUUUAUCGUAAUUUUGAUUUUUUUGAGUAUAAUAUAUUGGGGUGGAGAUCGAACUCGCAACCUCUUGGUUGGAGGA